UAAGCGUUUAGUAAUUCAGCAAAUCGGACAUUUCCAAGCAAAGCAAACAUGGCAUAUAGCGAUAAAAUGGCAAGUUUUUGUUUUUGAAGAAAAAGAGAGACAACGGAGAGGGUUGAGGAAAAAUUACUUGGUGUUAAAUAAAUCCAAAGGAUAUUAUUCCUCCAACGAAGAAGGACAAAUCCUUCAGUGAAUGAAGAAGAAAUGAAGGUGGCCCUCAAGAAUUUCGCCUGUGACAUGAUGUUGGUCGGUCGCAAUGCACGACGUGAAAAUCUACUACACUAUGCCUGCCAACAUAAUCUCUAUUUUUUGAUAGGACCGUUUGUCAAGCAAGGUUAUGCCCUGUGUCAACAGGAUAUCGAAGGACAAACCGCUUUACAUGUGGCCAUCAUUAAAGGCCAUGACAAGUGUCUGGAGGAAUUUCUACGGCUUUUUGAGAGCUGUAAAUGCCUGCACGAAGAUCAUCCCCUAAAGAGAAAUAUUGUCCGUUUGUUUUUCAUCUAUAACCACAGAGGUUACACUGUACUGCACGAGGCUGUGCGUGGCGUGGGAAACAUUCCGCUGCCGUAUAUUAGAAAAAUGUUGGAAUUUGCCUUGGAAUCACAGCUGGAUUUUCUAGACAUGGAGAUUUUAGGUUCUGGCGAUACACUACUACAUUUGAUCGUGCAGCAUAAUCGCACAGAAUUGGCCCAAAUGGUGUGUCAACGAAUACCCGAACUAUUGAAGCAUCCAAAUUAUGCUGGUGAAGUGCCAACGGAUGUGGCGUGCAUAACACCGGAAAUGCAAAGGAUUUUAAAAACUGCAAUUUAUUCUAGUCGAAAUUAAUUUUAUUUGAUGUAGAGAGAAUUAUUUGACGUGUAGAGAAUUUGAAAUAGUAAAAUUGUUAAUAUCAUAAUAAACUGCAA